AUGGAAUCAUCUUUCUCAUUUGGAGUGAUCCUUGCUGUCCUGGCCUCCCUCAUCAUUGCUACUAACACACUGGUGGCUCUGGCUGUGCUGCUGUUGAUCCACAAGAAUGAUGGUGUCAAUCUCUGCUUCACCUUGAAUCUGGCUGUGGCUGACACCUCGAUUGGUGUGGCCAUCUCUGGCCUACUCACAGACCAGCUCUCCAGCCCUUCUCGGCCCACACAGAAGACCCUGUGCAGCCUGCGGAUGGCAUUUGUCACUUCCUCCGCAGCUGCCUCUGUCCUCACGGUCAUGCUGAUCACCUUUGACAGGUACCUUGCCAUCAAGCAGCCCUUCCGCUACUUGAAGAUCAUGAGUGGGUUCGUGGCCGGCGCCUGCAUUGCCGGGCUGUGGUUAGUGUCUUACCUCAUUGGCUUCCUCCCACUCGGAAUCCCCGUGUUCCAGCAGACUGCCUACAAAGGGCACUGCAGCUUCUUUGCUGUAUUUCACCCUCACUUCGUACUGACCCUCUCCUGCGUUGGCUUCUUCCCAGCCAUGCUCCUCUUCGUCUUCUUCUACUGCGACAUGCUCAAGAUUGCCUCCAUGCACAGCCAGCAGAUCCGAAAGAUGGAACAUGCAGGAGCCAUGGCUGGAGGUUAUCGACCCCCACGGACUCCCAGUGACUUCAAAGCUCUCCGCACUGUGUCUGUUCUCAUUGGGAGCUUCACUCUAUCCUGGACCCCCUUCCUUAUCACUGGCAUUGUGCAGGUGGCCUGCCAGGAGUGUCACCUCUACCUUGUGCUGGAACGUUACCUGUGGCUGCUCGGCGUGGGCAACUCCCUGCUCAACCCACUCAUCUAUGCCUAUUGGCAGAAGGAGGUGCGACUGCAGCUCUACCACAUGGCCCUAGGAGUGAAGAAGGUGCUCACCUCAUUUCUCCUCUUUCUCUCGGCCAGGAAUGGUGGCCCAGAGAGGCCCAGGGAAAGUUCCUGUCACAUCGUCACUAUCUCCAGCUCAGAGUUUGAUGGCUAA